AUGGGAGUCCAAGACAAGCCUUUGGACUCACACAACAUCACAGAGACCUUCUCGGAACAAAGCUGCCUGACGAGUUGUCUUGGAGGAGAGAGUUCAGAAAACAACGGUACUGUGGCAGUGUGUACAAAAAAGAUGGAGCUGGAAGAAGUCACCAGAUGUCAGAUCCAGUCCAAAUCCAGAUCUGAAACCAUUCAAUAUAGAACUUUGACUUCUGAGGAGCAAGAGGCAGCUUUUGAAGAAGUGUCCAGUCUACAGGACAAGAGAUGUGAUUCAUUUGAGACGGAUGACAACACUGAAGCAGUUCUAAAUAUUGUAGAGGACACAGAUGUGGAGAGAGCAUCCAAAAGUCCUCUUGAGAAUGAGUCCCGUACAGACGACGAGUGGGAGGUAAAAAAUGAAUCGAGUUUCUCUUCGCCGGACUGGGCCACAACCAAGAGAAUCAAGGUCGCUCAACAAGAGAACAAUGCCCUAGGCUUUUUGCACGUGCCCGAAGAGGACGGUCCCCUUGAUCUUAACGCCCACGUGUUCCCUGACAGUUUAGUGGACUUUGAUGGAGGAAAGUUUGGGAAAUUGGUCAGUUCUAUGGAAUCUAAACUGACUCAAGGAGACGUCAAAACAACAAAAGCUGCAUUAGACAAGGUCGAUGUUGGAGCAACGCGGAGGAAAGCAUACAGCGAAGUGGUGAAGCAGAAUAGUGUCAAACCCAAACAAGAUCUUAAGGUUGUGAAGCCCAUCCAGGCGGUGUCUGUGAGUGGAGACCCCCAGAGCAUGUGUCUCUGGUGUCAGUUUUCAGACGUUCUCACCGACUACACGGUCACAUGGAGAAGAGACAGCACUGUGCUGAAUGAAGUAAAGAGGAGUGCAGGGGAUGAGAGUAGAGUAUCUCUGACCAUCUCCAAUGCCUCCCACAAAGAUCUGGGCAAGUACCAGUGUGAGCUGAAGAACACACAUGGAAAGGUGGUGUUGGACUUCCUGCUCACAUAUGAAUUGCUCAGUGAGAUCGUCGUCCCAGCGACACCUAAAGUCACUCCUGCUGUCUCUGUGGAGGUGGACCAUGAGGAGGAGGACAUCCUCUGCUCCAGGCUCAUGUUCAAACAGGACUUUCUGACGGAGCAGACCUUCGGGGACAGUCACUCUGCGAGCAUCAUGACGGAGAAGACGCACUUCGGGGAGGGCAUGCACCGGCGCGCCUUCAGAACCACCCUGCAGGCCGGGCAGGUCCCACUGCUGCUGCCGGGUCACUCCUGUGUGCUCAAGGUCCACAACUCCAUCAGCUACGGCACCAACAACAACGACGAGCUGGUGCAGAAGAACUUCAACCUGGCCGUGGAGGAGUGUCAGGUGCAGAACACUGCCAGAGAGUUCAUCAAAGCCUACACCACUGUGGCUCAGUCUUUUGAGGCUUUUGGACCAGUCCCAGAGAUAAUCCCCAUCUUUCUGGUCCACCGUCCGUCCAACGACAUCCCGUACGCUACUCUGGAGGAGGAACUGUUUGGAGAUUUUGUGAAGUAUUCAGUAAAAGACGGAAAAGAAAUUAACUUAAUGAGGAAAGACUCUGAGGCGGGACAGAAGUGCUGCGCAUUCCAACACUGGGUUUAUCAAAACACAGAGGGCAACCUGCUCGUCACAGACAUGCAAGGUGUCGGUAUGAGGUUAACAGAUGUUGGAAUAGCCACCUGUAAGAAAGGGUACAAAGGCUUCAAAGGAAACUGUGCCACGUCUUUCAUCGACCAGUUCAAAGCCCUGCAUCAGUGCAACGAAUACUGUGAAAUCCUGGGACUUGUGUCGCUUCAAUCAAAGCCUAAAAAGACUAUGGCGGCUCCGAAGUCCAAGGCUCAGGCUGGAGCCAUCCCCAAGAAGAAGACGUUUGAGUUCUCUCUGAAGGGGAAGUCGUAA